CUUCCCACCCACGCAAGAUCAAAGAACUAGACAUUGGCAGUACAGCAAGCUCUCUUUAUUAUUUAGACACUUAUCUCUCAAAGUCCUCUACAACUAAUACUUUUUCUCUUAUAACAAUGGCUUCUACUUUGUCUUGGUCGUCUUCACCAUUGGUAUCAAACAGGGCCAAACCCUGUUCCCCUGAAGCUAAAAUUCCACGCUCUGUAUCUUUUCCGUCCAGGAAUGCUAGCUGCAGCCGGCUGUCUGUUGUAAGAGCAGAGGCUGCUGGGGAUAACAAAGAUACGUCAGUGGACGUGCACGUCAACAAAAACAAUCAGGGGAGAGCUGUUGAGAAGAGACCUAAAAGGUUGGCUGUGGAUGUCUCUCCUUUUGGCUUGUUAGACCCUUGGUCUCCUAUGAGAUCAAUGCGACAAAUGCUAGACACAAUGGACCGGAUAUUCGAGGAUGCCAUGUCAUUGCCUGGCAGGAGCCGGUCAGGAGGAGAGGUGCGUGCACCUUGGGACAUCAAAGAUGAUGAGAAUGAGAUCAAAAUGCGAUUUGACAUGCCAGGAUUUGCAAAAGAGGAUGUUAAGGUCUCUGUAGCUGACGACAUUCUAGUUAUCAAGGGAGAGCAUAAAAAGGAAGAAGGUGGAGAUGAUUCUUGGACGAAUAGGAGCUACAGUUCCUAUGACACUCGUCUCCAACUCCCAGACAACUGUGAGAAGGAUAAGAUCAAGGCAGAGCUCAAGAACGGAGUUCUCUUCAUCUCCAUUCCUAAGACAAAGGUUGAGCGCAAGGUUGUUGAUGUAGAUGUUCAGUAAAAGGCUUUGCGGGUUACGAGAGGGUGCCUUUGUUCUUAUCUUAUGCGAUCUUAAAUUUUGUGUGAACGUCUCUGUAAUUGUAAGUGUACGUAUAUACUAAUGGAAAAUAUGAUGUUUUUCCUUUGAAACCA